CACCAGGGACUGCAGGAUAUCGGCUUUUCCUACAGCGCGGCCUUCGCACAUUCCCUUCUAUUCUGGUUGAGGUGUCGAAGAUUUGAGACGCCCUCUGCGCUCGCUCGAUUCGGCGUAGUAGAGUGGAGAAGGAUCGCGUCUUGGAUGAAAGUCGGUCCUUCUCUCGUUCUUCCUACUUGCCUCUUGCCCUCGCAACCGAUGAAUUGGGCAACGGCUUGGUCCUCUCUCUUCCUUUUGCUCUUUGUUGAGAGGAAAAACGAGCAAACAAAAGACGUGCCAGCGUUGGAUGAAGCAAACAGAAACAACCGUGGUCACGCAUUCAUGUCCCUGUUUCGGGGUUUGAACUGUGCGUACGCUCGAUCUUCACCACUGACCCGACGACACGCGCUCGCCGUUCUCGAUUUUCGGACUACUCUUCUAUCUUUUUUGGACAUGCGUUUAAACGUCACAGUGGAUUUUUCAAGCUUUGAGCUCAACAUUUCUAUUGAUAGAUACCUUCUGGAUGAGAGCUUAGCCUCGAUCUCGUAUUUUAAGAAUCAUUCGAUCGGUCGAUUUUAUUGCCCUCCGAGGCAGGCCCGAAGGGCGAGGCCCUCUUUUCGCUCCAGGUACUGUUGCUCAUGAGAACAAAGUUGCGCUGCCAUUGAACUACUGUCGACACGGCCACAAGGGACACAGUGUUUCAAAGGCCGGGUCGGCCAACGACCUAGCUCUUUACCGUAUGG